GGCAUGAACUAAUCCUCACACGAUGAGGCGAGCGUUCAAAUAAUUAGGAUGUUUUUUUCUUCUUCAAAACAAUCAGGUGUCAGAUUUGAACAAUCAUAGAGAUAGUAACGUCAGCAGAAAAUAAAUAGUGCGGUGAUUAUUAAAAACAGAGAUAGUCGUCGAUUUUCUGUAUGAAGUAAACAGAGCGAAGCGUCAAGGUGAGCGAUCAUCAUCAAACGCAAGCUGUGAACGAGAAAGGCAGACUUGGUCCAAAAAUGCCCUCCUGGUCAAAUCUUGCACGUCGCUGUUCCCGUGGACUUGUGCUUGAGUCGGUGUGACUGCAGAUGACUUCGAUUGUUUUUGUUUGCUCUUGCAGAUCACAUAGACGUAUCUUUUACGUAACACUGUAAACACGUCGUAUGCAAAUAUUAUUUACUUAGAACUGUAAACGCGCUGAUAAAAAGGUGGAAACCCUCAAACCUGGAAAACUUUAGAGCCCGACAGGUGGAAUGUUACUUUACGUCAAGCUCCCCACCCAUCCACCCACUCUCUGCGGAUGCAGGCUGGUCGUUGGCUCACCCAAUCACAGCGAUCGGAAGCACACGCGCGAAGUAUAAAGUGACAGCUGGAGAGGAAAACUUGACAGCUUUAUUUCCAGAUGUGAUGGGGGCGCCACGACAAGCGUGUGCUGUCGGAUUUGCUUUGCUGCUCUUGGCGUGUGUCUUUGUGACCGACAUUGACGGAAACGUCGCGGAGCAGAGCAUUACUUGCCAGGAAGAGAAAGAUCCUCUAUCAAAAUUGCAAACAAAGUGGAAUGACACGCCAUCCAUCCCUUACAACUUGGUGGGAAGUCUUGGGGGGAACAGCGGGGUGGAUGGUCGUCUGACGCUCAACAUCAGCUGGACCCUAAGUGCCGAUGGAAGUCUACAAGUCCUCACUGGGACCGUGAUCGAGAUCAUGUCAGUGGAGAGACACAAUGUCUGGAGUUACGAGUGCGCUUAUGAGCAUCCCUUUAAAAAUCAAACCAACUCGCUGGGGCAUCAGUGGACGUUUACUUUCACAGACUUCAAUGCAGAGCCUGAGGAAAACUACUUAGUGAACAUCUAUAACCUUCCUAAAGCGAACAUUGGUGGAGAUAACCCUGAAAAGACAGUGACCAUCAAAACUCCAAAUUGUGAGGAUGUGACUGUGAGAAGCCACCAGUUCUGUGUCACCAGAGGAAGUCUGUGGGAGCCAAAGUUGACUGCGGUCAAAGAUGGUCUGGUAGUGCUGGUGGCCUUUAUGAUGAGCCCCUUAUCCCCCUAUUAUGAUGUCCACUUGAUAUCGUGUGAAGACCCAUCUGAUGGAUUUACGUGUAAGGCGGUCAGCCACCGUAAUGUUCAUACUGAGAAUGAAACACGAUGGACAGGGAGCUUGGAGGCCAAUACGGAAUGUGACGAUCUCUAUGUGGACGUGAUACCUGCUUUUGAAGGUUGUCAACCAGAUUGCAAAAGGAGCCUAACUAAAGUGGAGUGCAGCACGGAAGGUGUUAUGCUGCCGCUGCUUGCUGGUGGUUCUGUUGUCCUUGCUCUCCUGAUAACACUGGCAGCCUGGGUGGCUUGCAGACUGGGUAAAAAAAGAAGGCCUCCUAAAGAUACUCCCUACAGUCCAAGGGGAGAAGGGCCGACUAAAGUGCUUGUCAUCUAUUCAUUGGAAACUGACACCUUUCAACGUGCGGCGGUGGCUUUUGCAGAGCUCCUGCAACUACACUAUCACUGCAUAGUCUUCCUUGAUAUGUGGCAAAAACAAAAGAUUGCAGAGAUGGGGCCAGUCCAGUGGCUGGCUGCACAAAAGGCAAAUGCCCACUUUGUCAUCUUCUUGUGCCCACAAGCUGCUGGCAGAGGCUGGAAUAGUGGUAACGAUAUGAUAGAUGAGACGUGCACCUCCUCAUUGGCAGACAUGUUCCUCCUGGCCCUGAACUUGUUCAGUGCAGACCUCAAGGACUCCCAAAACUUGAACAAGUACAAAGUUGUCCACUUUGACAUCACUGCACCAUAUCAAAGUGUGGCAACAGUUCUACGGGCCUGCAAGUCAUAUUGUCUUUUGAAGGAGCUGGGCAGACUGUGCAAAGAUCUGCAGUGCACAACAAAGAAGCCAAGCUACGGUUGUUGGAAAAGCCUGAUGCUUCCUGAAGUGGACUGUCAAAAAUUCAGCCUAGAGAAACUGAAUAGUUCAGUGCAAGAGUUCAAAAAACAGCAAGUAAGGACAACAGUAAUUUCAGAAUACAAUAUUUGAUAAGCAGAGGGAGAGAAAAAGAAAAUGCAGCAAGCAUAGGCCCUAUUAUCAACUGUAAGGGGCAGACAGUCCUUCCUAACACUUGAUGACUUGCACACCAAGGAGCUGAACUAAUGCCUGCCAUGUAUUUGUUUUGUACUGCUUUUCAUCUUCUUCUAUAAGAUGAGUUGACUUUCUUGGGUGUCUACAGCAAUAUCCCAGAAGUGCUAUACAUAUCAAAUCAACUGCAAAUGUACCAAAGGCACAUGGUUAGGUAAAUCCCCAGAUCUGCGCCAUUUCAGAUUUUUCAUUUAACCUUCUCACUAUAAAGCUCCUGGAGCCCACAACUGCAGUAUAAUACUUCCAUUAUGUAAACUUGUGAGAGACAACAGAAAUCCCCUGAAUCCAGGUCUGUUCCAAACACUCAAACAAAACCAUCUACUCCAAAGCGUCACCAAUAUAAACUAGUGAGUGGUCCAUGGAGGCCAGCUUUCUAGCUGUUCAGAAGCUUCAUGGGGUACCAAAGAACCCUUGCCUAUACUGCUUAACUCUUAUAAACUACCAAAAGACAGCAGAGGUCCUCUGAAACCAGUUGUCUCAUUGUGCCACAGCAUGUAAGAACUAUGUUAUUCUGAAAUCAUUAUUUGUUUUGUAAAUUUUUCUCCAAGUAUUUCUCAAGGGGUUUCUUUGUCUGAAGCACAGCAAACUCAAAAUGAAGCCUCGAUUCUGUGUGCUAAUUCUGUAUGCUGCUGCCUUGUAAACCCUCAGCACACUGUUAUUCACUGCUUAAUUUCUACCAAAUGUAUUUUCUAAAAUAAAA